CAGUCCAUUCCUGUGAGAGCUCUAGAGAGCAAUUAAAGCCCUGAUAGGCUGUGCACCAAAGGUGGCGAGGGACACAAAGUGACCCGAAUGUUCCUUCACUUGGGGAACACAGAAGGCCUCAGAUCAUCAUCUCUGCCUUUGAGUGACCUAAUCAGGAGAGCAGAUUACUUCUCAAGUGGAAAGGAAGCAUCUACAAACUGCUUUACAGAGAAUUUUUUCUCUUUGCUUGUCUUUACACAGCGAUAAGUCUAUUAUACAGCUCAUAGAUAGAGACCUGGCUGGGACCCUGCUUCCAAAAAAGUAAGGGGUCUACAAUCACCCAUAACCCUGGAUGGCUACACCCCUGCUUUUACCAAGUCAGACUAUUGGUCCAUCCAGCUCAGUAUUGUCUACUCUGAGUGGCAGUGGAUCUCCAUUGAACCUGGGACCUUCUGCAUGCAAAGCAGAUGCUCUACCAUGAAGCUACAGCCUCUUCCUCUCAGACGUGCUUAAUUUAACUUCAGUAAGAUUUAUUCUUACUGGAAGCCAAAAGCGGUACUUUGAAAAACUGUCCAUUUACUGUGACAAGUACGCAGAACAAAUCCCAGUAACUUUUGUGCUUGGGUUCUAUGUUACUUUGGUGGUGAACCGUUGGUGGAACCAAUUUGUAAAUCUGCCAUGGCCAGACAGAAUUAUGUUCUUGAUCUCCAGUACUGUCCAGGGAAGAGAUCAAUAUGGCCGCUUACUCAGGAGAACUCUAAUGCGUUAUGUGAAUCUAACAUCCCUCCUCAUCUUCCGUUCAGUGAGCACAGCCGUCUAUAAACGAUUUCCGACAAUGGACCAUGUGGUAGAAGGAGGUUUUAUGACACCAGAGGAAAGGAAAAUAUUUGAUGAUCUUAAGUCUCCCCACCUGAAAUACUGGAUUCCCUUUGUCUGGUUUGGAAAUUUGGCAGCAAAAGCAAGACAAGAUGGAAGGAUCAGAGACAGUGUAGACUUGCAGACGCUGAUGACAGAGAUGAAUCGGUAUCGAUCAUGGUGUAGCCUGCUAUUUGGUUAUGACUGGGUUGGAAUUCCACUAGUGUACACACAGGUUGUAACACUCGCUGUCUAUACCUUCUUCUUCACAUGCCUGAUAGGACGUCAGUUUUUGGACCCUGACCAACACUAUCAAGGUCAUGAUUUAGAUCUUUAUAUUCCUAUCUUCACAUUGUUACAGUUUUUCUUCUAUGCAGGAUGGCUAAAGGUUGCUGAGCAGCUUAUCAACCCAUUUGGUGAAGAUGAUGAUGAUUUUGAAACGAAUUGGUGCAUUGAUAGGAAUCUGCAGGUUUCACUUCUGGCUGUUGAUGAAAUGCACAUGAAUUUACCAAAAAUGAAAAAAGAUAUUUAUUGGGAUGAUUCUUCUGCCCGCCCACCAUAUACAUUAGCAGCUGCAGAUUUCUGCAUUCCAUCUUUCCUUGGAUCAACCAUUGAAAUGGGCCUAGCCGAUAGCCAGUUCCCCCAUGGAGAAAAUUGGCUCCGGGAUGAUGAUAAACCCAGAAGGCAGCAUUCAGUGCUGAGGAAAAUGAAACGAUUCUUGAGUGUUCGUGAAGGCUCUCCCUCCCCAGUGAGAAGGUCCUACCAAAGGCAGUCAAGUGAAAACUCUGUUUUUUUCCCCUCUCAUGAAAUGCAUCACAUUGGUACUUUGCUAGAAAUGCACUCCAGAGGGAGACAUUUCCCCUCAAAUAGCAGGAAAAACCAUGAAGGGCCUGAUAAGAAUAUGAAGAGGCAUGGGAGCAUAGAUCUUGGAGUCAUUAGAGAAACCAGCAGGAAUGAUGGUCUGGAGACAUGCUACCAGUCCAGUGUGGACGAAAGUGUAGCCAAAGUAAACUCCACAGCCUCUGAAAAGAUAGACAUUGAAACUGAGGGCAAAGAAGGCAGAGUGGAUUCACAAAUAAAUAGCACUGCUUAUGUCCUGCCAGAAAAAGAUUCUGAGAGUCAAAGUGAGUCAGAGUCUGACUCUGAGGGACUCACGCUGACCCACCAUGUGCCACACAAUUGUCCUGAAGAUUUGCUAGUAUCUCCUUCAGAAAUAGCAAACAGGCAACAGGAUUUAUCCACUGGUGUGAAAGAGGGAAAGGAACUACGGACUCCUCAAAGUACAACAUCUGGCAACACCCUAGAUAAUCAAAUGUGGCGAUACCCAGAUGUUUUUACUUGCCAUGUGGCGUCUAACACAAGAACUCCUUCUUUUUCAACAGAGUCUGGGACAAUGACUGGAGAAAGCAACUUAAGUACUGAAAGCACUCCUGCUUCUUCUCCUGCUACUAUUAAUACAUUUGACACAUGCCACUUCCCGGAACAAGUAGAUGCUAGAGAAACUGAUAUCCUUCAUAUAGUUGAGUACAGCAAUGAGAAAAAUAAAGGGCAGCUCUGACAAAUCAGAGAGCACCAAGAUGUUGUGCUACUGACUCAUGCCAUGCAGAAUAUUUAUUUUUAAUAGCUCACCUCACAACACCUUGCAGGCUACACCAUUCUUCACCAUACACCUUUAUUUUGAUAAUACAAUUCAAAAAUACUCAAACCUACUUUGAUUUAAAUUUGCCUAAACGUUCAGCUCAAAUGGAAGAGGCAAACACGAGAUACAGAUGUGUGUUAUGAAAUUCACAUUUUCUGAAACAACAUGAUAACCAAAACAUAGCCAUCUUUUGAGAUUUGCACUUAUCUGUGUUGCAAAAGCAGUUCUCCAACCAACCAACGUUUACAGAAAUGCAUAAAUUAGGGGGACAUGUGCAUAAAAAUGAAUAUAUUGGUAAACAUAACAUACAAAAAUACAUUCUAUUAGGAGAAAUUGCUUGCAAAAAUAUGUACAUUAGUCUAAACUACAUAUAAAAUGCAUUUAUUAAGAGAAAUUCACACUAAAAUGCUUAAGAAUUUUCAUGGGGAUUUUAAAAACAAUUCACAGAAAUCCUGCAAAAAUGACAACUGAAUUCAAGAUUGGACAAAUGAACCGCGAGCUGAGCUGCCAGAGCCUUCCAUCCCUAGUGUGUGCGCGCACAUGUGUGUACAUACAUUAUGAUGACCCUAUCUCAACUGGUGCUGGAGUCUCAACUGGUGCUGGAGUUUGUGAACUCCAAAGAGGGGCAGGAACAACAACUUUCAACAUGCACAGUUGUUCCUCUUACUGCAACAUUGUGAUUGGAGAAGGUACACCACUGAAAAUUCUUCCCCAGAGUUCUUAGAAGCCCUGUGUUCAGCAUUGGAUGUACAUAUUUUAUUCUAUGUCAUUUCUACCUAUUUUUCUACAUGCCUCAAAGCAGUGUAGGAAACAAAGACAUUUAUAUAAGUCUCCUUUAAUCAUUAGUCUCCAUGCAAUUUAGAUUGCACAGAGAGAGAGCAUGUAGGACUGCUCCCACGGGCCCUGCCCCACUGUAGAGUCCCCUGUCAGUCCCACACUGUCCAUAUGUUGGAGAAAUGUCUGCAGUGGGGAAGCCUGCUGAAUGUGUGUGUAGGCUCUCCCAUGAGUUCCCAUCUAUCUUUUCCUCAUAUUGACAGGAAUAAGAUCUCCACUUGCCUGCAACAGGGAUGGAAACAGAUAAUCCUUCCUUUCUAUGUGAUCUUCCCCCCACCAUAAGUAAUUUGUUGUUAUUGUAACAUAAAGUCAUAGAACAGUAGAGUUGGAAGGGGUCUAUAAGGCCAUUGAGUCCAACCCCCUCCUCAGCGCAGGAAUCCAAAUUAAAGCAUACCUGACUGUUGGCUGUCCAGCUACCUCUUGAAUGCCUCCAGUGUUGGAGAGCACACCACCUCCCUAGGUAGCAUGGAUCUAAACACAUUCCUUCCCUGUGUUGCAGAGAGAUUGUUACAAAUCUGCCCCUUCCCAUAGUAAACAUUCUCUACGCAUCAUCCCUACAGUGCUAGGAUGGGAUAUGGCACUACAGUCUGUUCUGCACUUUCCCCCACAUCGGCCCACAGUAUUUAGUGCAUGGAUGGGAUAUUACACUACAGUCUUUCAAGGGUAGCAUUACUUACUAAAGAUAACAUGUGGCUAGGUCAUGCUUUAAAACAAUGAUGGCCCCAUCUGCACUAUGAAGCCGUUUUAAACGGUCAUGGCUUCCCCCAAAGAGACUAUAGUUUGUUCCCUGGGAAGAGGGAUUGAUUGUUAAACCACUCUGAGAACUGCAGCUCUGUGAGGGGAAUAGGAGCUUCCUAACAACUCUCAGCACCCUUAACAAACUACAAUUCCCAGGAUUCUUUGGGGGAAACCAUGACUAUUUAAAGUAGUGUGAUACCACUUUAAACAUAAAGUACAGAUGUGGCCAAUUACUUCUUUCACCACAACAAAUGGUCAUUUCCUUAAGAUCCAUCCUUUCCCUCCAAAUUGAUACCUUUCUUCUCAGUUGUGUGAACAAAUAAAUAUUAGUUUUCUUUAACCAUGAAAUCUCUAACAAGUUUGACAUUUUGCAGAAGAAGCUUGUAACAGUUCAACACCGGAAUCAUAUCAUCAGUUUAUGUCAGGCCUUCUUUAAUCAGUGUGACAUUUCUGAUAGCAUUUUUAAAUAGAAAGACACAGAUCUAUUUCAAUGGCCUUCUUCAAUGGAAAACAAAACUGGUUUAAAAACACAUGCAGAAAACCUUGAAAAACAGCAUUUGCUUAUACAAAUAUUAUGAACAUUAUUUGCUUGAAAUGGGAUAUCAUUAAAAUGGCUUCAUUUCUCUUGAAUUAUCCUUUUAAUAACUAAUGCCUCUCCAAACCUUUCUUUCUUCUUUCUUAGUAAAAUUGUACUAACAGCUUUAAUAGCUGACUCAACCUAAGUCAGGAGGCAAAGAUAAUCCUAAUGAUUAACAUUACGAUAGGUAUGGCAUUCCUGCACAUAUCCUUAUUGGUCUCUCUCUUACACACAGACACAGACACCCUGAGCACUCAAUACUUGAGAUCAGUUUUAGUAACUACUAUACUAUAUUGGCACAGAUAUAUAUGUGUGUGUAUAUAGUUGGAUAAAUACCUAUUUAUUUAUUACGUUUAUAUACCGCCCCAUAGCCGAAGCCCUCUAGAAGGCAGUAUGAAAGGGCCAUUGGCAUGUUCAGGGCAAGCAUUCACUUUCUCCACUCUGGCACUAUCUUUGAUAAAAUGCAGAGCAAGUUUUUUAUAAGAUAU